AUGUUCUCUCCUUCGACGCCAGGAAAAAUCAGCUUUCUUGGUGACAUAAAGUUCUGCAAUGGUAGUUACACUGAGGCUUUAAAACUCUACGAUCGAGCAAUAGAGCUCUCACCGAACAAUGCAACUUACCUCAGCAGUCGAGCAGCUGCAUUGUCGAGGUUGGGGCGGGUUGGGGAAGCUUUGUACCAUUGGGAGGAAGCCUUACGUUUGGAUCCAAAACAAGCAAAGCCAAAGGCUCGUGACCAUGUCGCUCCGUUUUUAUUUAGAUUAGGCCACGUCGAUGCUGCGAUGAAGCAUUCUGUGUAUAAUCCAUCAUAUUACAAAGUAGUAAGAGAACACUUGAACAAUGCACUAAUGCAAGAAGAGGCGGUGAAUGGACUCGUGUUUUGA